AUGGAAACAGCGGAGUGCCAGGUGCAGCGGCUGGAUGUUGGGGCCACAGCCUGGGGCCGCAGCCAAGAUGUCUUGCGCGAGCGCUACGUCAAUUCCCACGAAGGCCCUGACGUGUCUCGAAAUGAUUCAGGAAAGCCCACUGCCAGAUUUGACGUGGGAGACAUUUGCGAAGUCAUCGGAGCAGCGUUGGUCCGGCAGGCUGAAGAUCUUCAAAGCCCCAAGGUAGCACAGCUGCUGGACGGGUGUCGUGUUGAAGUGACACAAAUCGGUUCCGGAGCAAGUGGCAAGCGCAUUGCCAUCCAAGAUACAGGCAGUGUCCACGGUUGGGUUAGUGUGGUGUCGUCCAGCGGUGAAGCUUUGGUUCGCAUCAUUGAAAAGGAACUGCGUGGGGCGGCUCGUGAGAAGAGGAUCGAGGCGGCAGUGAAGGCUGCCCGUCAUGAUCAUGGCAAGCACACAGCGCGCUUUGAAGUGGGCGACUUGUGCCAUGUGAUCACGAGUGUGAUUGUUCGGAAGGAAGAGGCUUUGGACAGUCCGCAAGUCGCCAAGCUGCCAGACCGAUGCCAAGUGGAGGUGCUUGAGAUUGGCAGUGGACCCAGUGGCAAACGUCUUUGUGUGAGAGAUGAAGAAGGUGUCUCUGGGUGGAUCAGUGUGGUCUCCUCCGAUGGUACGCAGCUUCUCCGGAAGGUCAAAGCACCGCUUCCAGAGGCGCCGGCUUUUCCGGCUUUUUCACCAGUCACCUUGGAGGAAUAUCCUCCGGUCGAGUCAAAGAUCGUUGAGACCAAAAAGCCGCGGCCACAAGCGCCUUCACUCAGUACCGUCCAACCGUCAACCCUGGCAAAGUUUGUAGAGCCAUUCUUUUUGGUGAGUUCCACAAGAGCGCAACGUGGUUUUGACUUGGAAAUCUCCUAUCUGCAGAGAGAAGACAUCGAGCAGUUACUCUCCGAGAAGUUUGCCAGCGAAGGCAUUCAGGAGCCCAGCUACGACCACUUGAAGUUGCGGGAUGCCACUGGAAAAUGGUACAGGCCAGGAGAAGCACCAGAUGUGCCCACCCCGGACCUUUUCCCAUUGACACUGUACUACAGGCCUCCAAAGCCGCAACAUUCCGCCGAGACAGUCCUAACCUUGAGAAGAAGAGAAGCCUAUGAGGCCUUAUCUCCUUCUCAGCGAAAGGGCUUAUCGGAGGUGCAGCGACAGCUGGAGUGUGCCUACAACGCCCAGAAUAACGACUUGGUGGACCGGGCAAUGCGGCUGGCGCAUUCCCUGGGGCUCCCACUCGGGACUGGUGGCUUGCCAUCCUCAUUGAUGCCAGAGUCGGUUUGCUUUCCGAAAGGCAAUGAGCCGCUGCUGUACGAUGGUCACAUCUACUCGAUGCACUCCACCUCUCUGUUGGUGUUCGAUCCACCGGACUUCAGUGUGCCAAUGGGAAUGUGGAACCCGCAGCGCCAAAGGGUUGAUCCUGCAGUGUUGCAGAAUGAGCAUCCCAACAGAUCUGACAUCGUGCACUUUGGAAAGACCUUCCAUAUGUUGGAGCAGGGCCACAUCAUUGACCCAGACUCGCAGCAGGUCGUGGGGAUGAUCCGUCCGAUGACGGGGGACUUUGAGUUCUUUGACCCCAUCCCGCUGCAAGUUGCUGAGUUCAUGAUGAAGCGCGGCUUUCGCCUGGAAGCACCGACUGCCAGAUUGACGAAUGCCCCAUUCUUACCUUUUGUCCUGGAGGUGGAGCAACAGGAGGGCAACCCGGAACUUCAUUUGCACAUGCAGACCACCGGCAGCUCGAAAGCGUUGAAAUAUGCUCCGCUUGAAGAUCGAGGGAACAAAGAAAUCGUCAUGAAGGCCAUGCGUGAGGGCCACGGACAUCAGAGCUGGAAGGUCAUGCUGUAUGGAAGUAAAGAGCUACGGAGGGAUCGUGACGUCUUGGCUGAAGCGGUGAAGCAGGACUACACUGCUAUGGCCUAUGCUUCGCCAUAUUAUGGAGACCGAAACUUCAUGAUGAAGGCUGUGCAGCAGCAUGGCAUUGCUCUAAGAUAUGGCACUGAAGAAAUCCGUUCAGAUCCUGAUCUGGCCUACGCAGCAGUGAAGACCAGCUGGAGGGCCAUGAAGAACGUGUCCCGAAAGCUUUGUGGAUCUUCUCGCAUCGUCAGAGAAGCUGUGAAGCAAUGCUGGCAAGCCUUGGAGUAUGCUUCAGAGGAGUUGAGGGAUGACAAGGACAUUGUCAAUCUGGCUUUGAAACAGUCCUGGCGAUCUCUGCAGUUUGCUUCCCUGCGUUUGCGUGGCGAGAGCGGCUUCAUGCUGAAAGCGCUGGCGCAGGGGGUGGAGUCCCUACAGUACGCGGCCCCUGCAUUGUGCUACGAUUAUGAUUUCAUGAAGCAGGCCGUGGCAGUGAACGGCAUGGCGCUCCAAUAUGCUGCCCAAGACCUCAUGGACCGAGAGUUGGUGUUGGAGGUGGACGGAGAUGCGGUCAGAAAUACCUGGCGCGCGCUGGAACAUGCCCCGCCAAGCUUUUGCGCGGACCGAGCUGUAGUGCUCGAGGCGGUGCACCAGCACCAUGCUGCCUUGCAGCUGGCGUGCCCCAGUGUGCUUUACGACGAGGAGCUAGUCUUUGAAGCCGCCAAGAGGCGGCCAGAUUUCUUGCGCCUGGUGCCUGAAAGCCUACGAGGCAGCAGAGGUCUCAUGGUGAAAAUGGUGAAACUGCAUCCCAUGUCCCUGCAAUAUGCCUCUGAGGAGCUUCGUUGCGAUGAAGACUUGGUCCUGGAGGCGCGGCAGACCUGGGGGUCCUUGGCCAUGGGAGUCAUUCGUGGACUUUUUUUGGCUCAAGACCUGAAGGCAACCAGCAGACAGACACCACCUAUGUAUGUGGCACUCUGCAGGAUCACAUCAGGAUCAAGUCCUACUAUGCCCUUUUCUUUUUUGGCCAAGCAAAUCAAGAUCUGUACAGUCUGA